CUCUUAUCCUCUCUCCUCUUCUGCCCACAGUACUCCCUCGUCACUUUAAGCGCACGAGGUAGCAGAAGGAGGUUUUGUAUUAUCCUUGAAUUUCUUUUCUUUUUCAUGAGAAACGUGGCAAGGUCGUCCAAAGAAGUUACCUCAAAGAAGUUUGUUCCAGCAGUUCGGUUCAGUCCAAAAUUCUAGCUUUGUAGUCGAGCCGACAGGUGGCGGAACCAAAGUUGGACCAGCAGCAAACUGCACAGAGGACGCAGACGACCGAACUCGAGCUCGAAGCACUUUAGCCUGGGAACUAUAAAGGGUGGCCCUCCCACUUCUCAGUCCUGCAGUCGCGAAAUCUCGUCGCAUAUUCUGCACUUCUUUGCAUAGGUCCCAAAGCCCGCAUUGUGCUACUUUCCUGCCGCGCGCCAAGGCUACCGACUCGACAAGCAUAGUCACUGUGGUCGCCGAAUCUGCGCCAUUGUCCACGAUCGAAGUCUGGCUGCAAAAACCGCACUCGUUUCUCGGUCGUCGAUCAUUUCAGAGUCUAGGGCAUCCGCAGCCCUAAACACUAAACCCUAGGAACUCGUAGCUCCGCCUUAUUGACCGGCUCUUUCUUUGCGCUGCACCAGCUUUCCUGCAGCCUCUCGAGGAGUGGCUGGGACAGCCUUCAGUGUAAUCAAACACCGAAAAGCUGGAUUUGCCGUCGAUUUCCCAGGUUUCUUCAACCCGAGGCCCUUCAGACUUACUAUAUUACAGCACCUCUCAGCGCUCUUCGUUGUAUGGGAGUGAUCAGAGGCUGCCAUCUUUUUCCUUCCCCCCUCCCCACCAGGCCUACUCGACGGGUACGGCGUCUCCUCGAGUUAGCCCAAUAAGCUCGUCCAGCAGCUCAAACGCCGAUUCGUACUCUUCCUGCACCUCGGUUGCAUCUUCCAACGGACCCAAGACCCCGCCGUCUUCGUCACUACCAGUCGUCGCAACUCUCUCAGGACAAUCUUCAAAUUCAAGCGCUGGAUACGAUCAGUAUCCAGCCAUGAACCAAGGACACGACAUGUACUACCAGCAGCACAUGUCUGCUGGCCCAACGCAGCAGCCACCGACUGUCACAUCCUACAACCCUCAGCCCCCAAUCAUGCAACCCAGCCAUGGCUCGUACCCAGCUCCCCCUCAGCCCUAUGGCGGAUACGCGUACACGAAUGGCAUGCAAUCGCCUCAGGGUCCGCCUGUGCCGGGCCAAAUGGGCCCAGGAAGCGUCUUGCCAUCAAUAGCAGGACAUCAUGGACAGGCACCCGGCCCAGUCGCAAAUCAGUACUCGGGAUUCGACACUAGCGGUCAGAUUGCCCCGCCUGGAAUGAAGCCCCGCGUGACUGCCACGUUAUGGGAAGAUGAGGGAUCUCUGUGCUUUCAGGUUGAAGCACGCGGAGUCUGUGUCGCUCGAAGGGAAGUGCCUGUCAGGGAUAUGACGCUGAUCGCUUUCUGUCCAGAUAAUCACAUGAUCAACGGCACCAAGCUAUUAAAUGUCGCUGGAAUGACCCGUGGCCGCCGAGAUGGCAUCUUGAAAAGCGAAAAGAUGAGACAUGUAGUCAAGAUCGGCCCUAUGCAUUUGAAGGGUGUUUGGAUUCCGUUCGAGCGGGCUCUCGAGUUUGCCAACAAGGAGAAGAUUACCGAGUUGCUUUACCCCCUUUUCGUCCACAACAUUAGCGCUUUACUCUACCACCCCGCCAAUCAAAACAGGAACAACCAGCUCAUGGCCGCGGCUGAACGCCGCAAGGCUGAAACUGGCGGCAUGAGGAAUCCUCAAGGUCCUCCAGGCCUUCCAGCACUGCACCACCACUCGAUGAGCCAGAAUGGGUCUCAGUCUUUGCCAGGCAAUAUGGGCCGUCCCAGCCUCGACCGCGCCCAUACCUUCCCUACCCCGCCAACUAGUGCUUCUAGCGCCGUCAACAUGGGCAGCUCUGAAGGCUUCGCAUGGCCGCCCCACCAAACCAUGAGCAAUGGUCAGCAGAAUCCCAUGUCCAUUGAUACGAACCUGAGCAAUGCUCGUUCGAUGCCGACUACUCCAGCAACAACUCCUCCUGGAAGCACGCUUCAAAGCAUGCAGGCGUAUCCGCCUGCCUCACAGUCAUACGAUGGCUCAAGACAGCUAUACAACGCUCCGCAACUACAACAAUCCCCGUAUCAGCCAACCAGCACAAGCCCGCAAGAUCGAUCCAUCUAUAACCAGGGGCCCUACGUUAAGUCCGAGAUGGGCCCGCCCUCGGCCCGGCCCAUGGGCUCUGUUCUCACUGGAGAUCAUCAGAAUGAUCAGAAGCCCGUCAAUGGCCUGAUGCAUCCUCCUCAAGGUGGCGACCAAGGUCACAGUAACGGGGUGGAAGACGAGGCUGACCACGAGCACGACCCCGAGUACACGCACGACAGCAGAACGUACGACAACAGCCAAUCGCAGUACAAUUACACCGCACCACCUGUCUCGUCUAUCUCGAGCGAACAGCCGCAUGUGUCCACGGACAUGCCGCCUGGUGGACAACAUGGCAACUCAGGUCGCUCGACACCACGCAGUGCAGCGGCGCCUCAAGCAUACUAUCAACAGGCGUACAGCACUUCGCCCAGGUCAGCGACGCACCAGACGACGAGCAACUUGUAUAACGUCAUGAGCAACGACAGGAACUCAACUACCAAUGGAUCGACCAACGGAGACGUGUAUUCCCAAUCGACGGAUCUCUCCAAUGGCUACGCGACUCCAGUAACAAAUGGCAAUGCAAGCCUCAAGCGUGGUCGCGACGACGAUGAUGAUCGCCCGACCAGCGGUGGCCAGAUGGACCUUAAGCGUCGCAAGACGUUGAUGGACAACCCCAUCUCGUCCCCUGUGUACGAGACAAUGAGCCGCCCCGCGGCUGCCAUCGCGCACCCCGUGUCCAGGCGUAGAUAAGAACUCGGUAUCUUCUAGAUCUUUUUGGAGAAACCACCAAAGAUUUUAUCAUCCAGUUCUUGUCAAUAACCUUUCGAACCCAUGUCAACGACUUUUUAUUACUCAUCAACGGCGUCACGGUAUUCGACAUGACGACAACGACUUUUUUUUUUUCCCUCUCCAAUAAUUAUGAGAUCCGAAACCUGUGACAUAUCAACAUGCAUAACGCAUCAUGCAUUAGCAACUAGUUCUUGUUCAACCAGACAAGAUGUAGUUCACGAGCCAGGACGCAGCAGUCAUCUUGUUUGUAGACGACUCAUUACAUACGACACGAAUGCAUGCGACGGAAGUAAUUCCCGACCCAAUAACGGAACGACUCUUAAUAUCUUUGUGAACUUCGGACUCUCAAACACCAUCUCUCCUUUGUCAGCUGCUUUGGCUUACUGCAUUUCCUUGUCUUGUGGGUUUGGGUAGCCGGAUCGAACCGACUGCUAAGCCGGUAACAGGAGAGUACCUUGUUCAGGACAGGGAAUCGGAUAGGCCAUUUGGCCCGCUUGUUAUGAACCUAGGCGGGCCGCGAUGCAUCAUGGGAAUUUUACAUUGUUUCUUUUUUUUUUUUUUCUUAUUGACGUGUUUGGAUCUGGAUGGGAGCACUGGGAGAGAGCGUACGCUUGUUGAGGAGCGUAGCGGGAUGCUGGUGAACGCGGACUCCGACGACUUAAGUUUUUAUGAAAUACGAAAACACGAGUGUCGUCGCUGUCUACGAUCAAGCGAUAUUUAUGGUUCCUCAUUUGAUAAUGUUUUGCUGUUUUUCUUGUUUCAUUUUCUUUGUCAUACCUAACGACUAACGAAUUUCCUUGACUCCAGAAAAGUCAUUGAGAGGCGGGGGAAGAUUUUUUUGUCUUUUGAAGUUUCCUUGCUCCUUGCUUUGGGUUUUAUUUUUGGUCUACCUCCAUCGUAACGAAAGUACGAGGGACGCAGCGUAAAAUUGGCUCUAGGUCCGGUUGAUAUCAUGAAAAUACAAAGGAGAAUAGAGGCUUUAGCUAC